AUGACAGAUAGUUCGUCAGGUCUAGCCAGAAUAAAAGUUUUUACACGAGUAAGGCCUUUGAUUGGCAGGGAGAUUGAAAAUGGUAAUAAUAGUUGCAUAGUUGAAAUGCCGGAUCAGCAUACGACGGUCUGGACAUCACGACAUUCGACCCAGGAAUCGAAGAGAUUCCAAUUUCACAGAUCACUCUGGUCAUUUGAAGAAAGUGAUCCUCACUACGUAAGUCAGGAUGCCUUAUAUCAGUUGAUUGGACAGGACAUGUUAAACAAUUGCCUGAAUGGUUACAACAGCUGCAUUUUUGCCUACGGUCAGACAGGCUCUGGUAAAACCUACACAAUGAUGGGGAAUAAGUUGGAUGGGCUGGUCCCUUCUCUUGGACGAGAAUUGUUCAUUUUAAAACAAAGUAUGCUGGAAAAACAGAAUGCCCUGUUGCAUCUGAAGAUCUCUUUUUGUGAAAUCUACAAUGAGGUUGUCUACGACCUUUUAUCGAAUGACAAUGUCAAACUCAGAGUAAGGGAAACCAAAAAUCACACUCCCUACGUUGAAAAUUUGCAGGAAUUCCCCCUGAAAGACUUUGAAGAGUUGAUGAGUUAUCUUAAACGAGGUAGUAUGAAAAGAAAGACUGCAAGUACAAUAGCCAACAAAACAUCCUCUAGAUCCCACUCUAUCUUUACAAUCAUCUUGCAGCAGGAACGAUAUUUAGAUGAAAAUCUAACCAAACACGAAAAAUUGGAGUCGCAUUUGCGAUUAGUUGAUCUAGCCGGAAGUGAAAGAACUAAUGUGCACAACGAAGCACGUUUCAAAGAGGGAAGUCAUAUCAACAAGUCGCUGACUACUCUGGGAAGAAUCCUCACCAUAUUAUCAAAUUCCUCUAGUAGAAGAGGCACCAAAGGAAUUCCCUAUAGAGAAAGUGUUCUAACCUGGCUUUUGAAAGAGAGCAUCGGUGGUAACAGUCAAACAGCCAUGAUAUCGUGUCUUUCCCCCACCGAACAUGAAGAGACAUUGUCGACUUUGAGAUACUCAGAAACAGCAUCUAAGAUCACAAAUGUGGUAACUCAAAAUAAAUCAAAAGUUGAGCUAGAAGGUGACCUUCAACAACUGGUAAGCAAGCAAGAAGAAGAAAAUAUGAAACUCCUUCAGUUUAUUGAGAAGCUCCAGAAGGGGGAUUCCGGUCUCAGCACCAAGAAAUAUCAAGUUUUACGUAACCGCAUCAAGUAUGAGCAAAAGUACAUUGACUCACUAAUGUACAAGACUAACCUGACCAAAAAACUGUAUUUUGAGAGGAUGUCUGCAAUGGAAGAGUACUCAAAUGAGUUACUAAAGCUGAUAGAAGUUCACAACAAAGAUAUAAUACGAAAGAACAGAAAGAUCCAUGAGAUAUUUGAACAAGGUGAUGAAACGAAGCUGGAGCAAGUUCCUAUCAACGAAAAGGAAGUUUGGGAUCCUCAGGUCAGUUCAAUGAUAGAAAAGUAUUUGGAUGAAGAUGUAUAUGCUCUAUAG